AUGCUUCAGGAUCGAACACGCUCUUAUGCUAUAAGAAAUCUUGAAUUCGAUACAGAAUAUGCCGUGGAAAUGUGUUACUCAAAACUGGAAUACAGCUGGAUGAUCGAGACAAGCUUUUUCACGCCAAUGUGCGAACAUCUUGCUCACAAUAUUAGCGAAUGUCCGCCUCCACCAGUUCAUUCGCUGCAUUAUACUUAUAUUACUGCUUCGGAAGUGUAUUACAUUUCUUGGGAAUAUUACGACGAUUAUAUGCGCUGGCCGGACACUGUACAGUUCCGAGUUGCUUUAACGCCUGGCCGGUCGUGCGUUGAUUGCGCUGGCUUUUCCACUCAGAAUUUUACACUACCACAGGUUGGAUAUUUUCGUAAAUAUGGCGUGAAGGAGAACAGCAGCCGUGGAGCAACGGUCGCAACAAUUAGCACUUCGAACGAAUUUGCAGAGCGAUGUCGUGUUCGUGAGCUUGCAUGUGAUAAGCCGUCAAAGCUCGAUCGCUUAUUGGAUGCGUUUGCAGCUUAUAUCUCAUUCAGAAGCGACGCAGAAGUGAUCUCGAGCGGCGUCUGUACAAGUACUGUGCGUGAGCAUGAAACAGCAGAUGUCGGAUUAGCUUUCAGUGACCAGAUAGAAGAUAUGUUAGAUAAGGGAUACUUUGGCGCAACAUAUGUCGUGCAUCUGAAAAGAACCAAUCAACGUGCCAUGUUUAAGUCAGUGCGAUCCAACGUAGUCUGUGAUAAUGAGAAAGUGGAUUUUGAUGGGGAAGCUCGAGUUGCUGUUUCGCUCUGUGCUUGUGGACAUGAUAAUAUUGUAAAACUUAUUGGUAUUUGCUUCAACGCGAGUACUCCGGUCACGCAGGUGCAUGGUUUGCUUUUUGAAUGUUGCGAGGACGGUGACCUGAAGUCGUAUCUGAAAAGGCUACGAGAUGAUAUGGCAUACAUCAGUGGAUGCGGCUAUUUGCAUCGUGAUGUAGCCGCUCGAAACGUUUGCCUCUUCCGAGAGUCACGCAACGGGGUUUUCGUGCAUUGUGUUAAAAUAGUUGGUUUCGGUAAGUUGGAUCGCUUUCUUGUAAUACAGGAUUCAUGCCAGAAUGUGGCCGAAGAGAACAAAUGUCAUGCGGCUGAAAAGGAUGAUGUGCGCAUGAAAUGGUUACCAUACGAGUACUGGUUGGAGGGCGAUUAUGGCUAUGAGAGCGAUGUGUUCGCAUUUAGUUUACUUUUAAAACGAAUAGCAGUACUCAUUCAUAACGGUGGGGACGGAAAUGAAAGGGCCAAAACAGGUCCCAACGGAGGAACAUGGGAGUAUGGCUGUUUGCUUAUUGAAAUUGUGACACUUGGAAGUGAUCCUGAAAUAAUGGUUCUAAACCGGAGACCAGCGAUGAUACGAGAUGACUGUGCUCGCUACCUUGAACAGCUCAGCUCAGGCUCCGAAGCAUUAGACAAUCAGUUCCGUGCGCCACCGUUUUCAUUAAUGUCGCUGUGCUUGAAUACGGACAGAACAAAACGCCCUGUGUUUGAAACAAUUUGCAACGAAUUUUUUGCACCUCCUCAGACUGCUCCUGUUUUGGCCGACGCAAUGAUUUACUAG